UUAGCUCCCUAACAAAAAGGAAUGGUGAAGAAGAAAGGGUCACUUUAAUAUGGUCUUUGUUUCAACAGUUGUAAACGGUCGUUUUGGUGUUUAGGCAAAAAGACUACAGCAACAACAACAAAAUGUAAAAAACCCAAAAAAAAUCAGAAGAAAAAAAAGAGGAGAGAGAGAGAGAGAGAGAGAGAGAAACCCCAAGGAAAGGAGGCAUGAAGCCAGGCCAGUCCUAUGAUAUCUGGCUUUGUCUCUCCCUCUUUUGUUGGGCAUAGACAGAAAGACAGACAGACAGAAAGACACCUGUGCCUGUGGUUUGUUAACACAAACAUAAAGCGUGCAAUUCAAUCAUGGGUCGGAAUGUUGGGAAGAAAGAGACCCAAUUGCACCAGGGAAAGGAGGAGAAGCCGCCUCAAACGCCGUCGUCUAAGGAGGAGGGACACCCGACUCCGUCUCAAUUGUCCAAGCCCAGGCCCAGGCCCAAACCCAACACCAACCCAAAACCUUCUCUUCUCAAUCCGGCAAAGCUGAAGAAGCCAAACAAGCCAAACGAGAAAGAAGUAGAGCAUUCCAUGCCCAUGAAGGAGCUUUCCAAUAUCCAAAUUAAGAAUAUGUUGGGUCAAGCAGGGAAGUCCCCGGCCCUUAGCAAUACGCAGUAUGAGUAUCCAGUUGAUGGUUCACCCUCACGAGGUCAAGCAAAGUCAUCUGCUGUCAUUCAAGCACAGGAAGUUCGAUCAAAACUAGAGCCUCGAUUUCCUAGCUUCGUGAAAUCUCUGGUCAGAUCACACGUCGCUAGUUGUUUUUGGAUGGGGCUUCCUUCGCUGUUCUGCAAAUCACACUUACCAGAUAAAGAUAUUACAAUGACUUUGGAAGACGAAAGUGGUAGACAGUGUCAGUUGAAAUACAUUGCAUACAAGACAGGACUGAGUGCUGGUUGGAGACAGUUUGCUGCUUCCCACAACUUGAUUGAAGGAGAUGUUCUUGUCUUCCAAUUAGUUGAACCUACCAAAUUUAAGGUUUACAUAAUAAGGUCAAAUGAUUUGACUGAAGUUGAUGGGGGUCUUGGGCUUCUAAAUUUGGAUAGUCAUACAAAACGAAAGGAUGCAGAUAAAGAUAAUGCAGAAACGGGCACUGAGGCUUGUAAUGACGCUACCAGGAAACGUGCACACUCUCCUCCUUCAGAAGCGCAAAAGAAGAAAAAGAUUGGCUUGCAGCCGGUUGAACAAUCUGAAGAUGAUAGUGAGGAGGUUGAUUCGGAAGUUUUGGAAGAAUCCAAAUCACCAGACACAGCUCUUCAAUUUGAAGACAUCCAAAGUUUUGAGAACUUCAGCAUUCUAGUAAAUGGGUUGCUUGUUGAUUCUGAGCUCCCCGAAGAUGUAAGAAGAAAGUACUACAAGCUCUGCUGCAGCCAGAAUGCAUUUCUUCACGAAAACGUUGUCGAGGGCAUGAAUCAUAAAUUGGUUGUAGGUGCUAUAUCUGAAACCGUAAAUAUUGCUGAUGCCAUCAGAGCUUGCAAACUUACUACGACUCGGGAUGAUUUUGUGUCUUGGGACAAAUAUUUAAAGGCCUUUGAGCUGUUGGGGAUGAAUGUUGGAUUUUUACGUGAUCGGCUAUGCCGGCUUGCAAACCUUUCCAACGACUCAGGAGCUGCUGUGGAGGCAAGGAUGUAUAAAGAAGCUAAAAUUGAACGAUCACAAGCAGGCAUAGGAAUAAGAAAUAUUGAGGUAAAGCUUGAGGAAUUGAGGGAUAUGUGUGAUGAAUUUGGUGCUGCCAUUGAGAGUUUGAGAUCAAAAGCUGAAGUCUAUACGCGCAAGUUCCAUGAAGAGGUUACUGCUCCAUGGUAACAAUGUUAUCGAAAAGUAUAACAUCCUCUUCUUUUUUGGGUUUUUGGUUUGAAAUUCCCUAGAAUGGUGAAUCGAUCUGUUUCUUAGUACUCAAACACCACAGCAGGAUUGAAAUACUGUAACAAUCAUGUAAGUAGAAUUCUAGAAUACACAGCAGCAAUAAAUUCAAACAAAAACACAAACAA